AUGAAGAUCACCGCUGUCUCCGCCGCGCUCUUCGCGGUCACUGUCACUGCCGACCUGAGCAUUUCCGAGUGCGCGCAAACAUGCUACAAGAGCAUGCUUGGCAAAGCCAAGUCUCUGGGAUGCGGCGCCAACGACCUGUCUUGCCUCUGUGGCAGCAAGGACUUCAACUUCGGCAUUCAUGACUGUACCGUCGAGGCUUGCCCCGAACAAAACGUCCAGCAAGUGGAAGCCUACGCUCAGUCGAUGUGCUCUUCGGCCACUGGCGGUAGUGGCGGCAACUCUGCUACUGGUACUGGUGGUGCUGGCGGUGCAACUGGCACCGGUACUGCCACUGGAACUGGAGGCUCUGGACCUGGCGGCGCUUCUGGAACCCACACUGGUUCUGCCACAGGACCCGGUGAGACUGGUACAGGUACUGCCACUGGUGGUGCUACAUCAACACCAUACACCACCGAGCCUGUUCUGACAACCGUCACCUCCGGAACGGACAAGGUGACCAGCACUGUGGGAAGCACUACCCUCUACACCCCCGUCGGUGGCGCAGGUGCCGGCUCCUCUGGCUCGGGAACCUCAACUCCAUACACAACAGAGCCCCUCUUGUCAACUGUUACCUCUGGAACUGGGGCCAAGACCGAGACUGUCGGCAGCACCACUCUCUACACUUCUGUCGGCGGCGCUGGAGGUGCAUCUGGCUCUAACACCAACGGUGCCGGUACUGCCACUGCUACCGGAACUGCUACCGGCACUGGCGGUGCUGGUGGUGCUGGCGGCGCUGGAUCCUCUGCAACUGGUACUGGCUCUGGCUCUGGCUCUGGCGGCUCUGCUACCACGUCAGGUUCUGAAGCAGGUGCCACUAGCACAGGUGCUGCCAACCCAAUGGCUACCUUUGGCAGUGGAGCCGCUGGUGCUAUCGGCCUUGCCGCUCUGUUCGUUUUGUAA